ACUUUCUAAUCUAAUCUAAAUUAAAGGAGUACUUAACAAACAAAUUAUAGCCAUUCCGUUCUCACCACAAAUUCCACUGCCACCAAAUGCCUUCAAAGCUCUUCAUCAAUGGCGCUAGCUUUGUCCCUAGCCAGCAACAAACCCUUUUCUCCAACAGAUUCCAUCUCCAGUUUGUCAUCUUACAGGAAGCAGCAAUCAAAUCUUCUCUUUGUUUUGAGAAAAAAAUAUAGGCGGCAGAGUCGGGCCCUAUGUAUCGUUAGUGGGUCGGAUUCCGGCGAAAGCAAUUCUCAAGAUGAUGAAGAAGAUAAUUUAGGAGUCAAAGCUGCAUUGACAAUGCUCAAGUUCUAUAAAAGGGAAAUCUCGCCAAUAAUGCCAAAAAGUUGUCGCUAUGUACCAACAUGCAGUGAAUACUCCAUGAUAGCUUACAAGAAAUAUGGAGUUGUUAAAGGGACAGUCUUGACAGUGUGGCGUCUUUGUCGCUGUAACCCUCUAGGAGGAUCUGGCUUUGAUCCCCCAAGAUGGUUCGGCGAGGAAAGUCCACCACUGGAAUGACACUUGUUAUCAGAUAUAAAUACAGGUAUAUAACUUUUGGCAAUGCAAAUGCAGGAGGAAAAAAUAUAUAAGCAUUGUUAUGGUAUUCAAUUAUGCAGUCAAAGUAGCAUAUUUCUUUAGCUGAUAUUAGAUAGAAUGUAUCAUAAUUUUCUCGAUCCAGUUCAGCUGUCUUUUAAUAGUUUGUAUUCUAGUUGGCUUUACACAAUCAAUGCGAGCAAAAAGUCUGUUAAUGAUGAAGGUUUGUCCAAUUCGUAUAGAAUGUGAGUCUCCGGUAUUCUUAGAGGGGUAGUACUAAGCAUUAGAACAUCACAUCUAAACCAAAUCUGCAGCAGCAUACAUUUGAAAGUUGUCUACUUCUGUUAUUUGGAGAUUUAUACACCAAAGUUUAAAUUCAUCAUUGUAACAAAAUGGCACAUUGAGGAAAGUAACUCCUGAUAAAGAAAUGAAAUUUAAGAAUUAUUCCUGA